UCGCUGCGAGCAACUGCCGUGUUUACUUAAGUUAUAUCCCGCCUCGUCACGUUAAGACACCGCGAGACCUUUCUCCACAAUAAUGGCAGAGCCACAUGUCCACAAUGAAAGGGUGCACCAUGACGACAUGUUUGAAGAUUCAUCAUCGGAGGUUUGUGUGCCGAAAUGUAGAAAAAUGAUUUUUAACGUUGGCGGCACAAAAUUUCAAACUCUUCGUGAGACGCUCAACGGAUGCGAGAGUACCAGGUUAUCGGAUGAACUGUUUCUUGACAUUCACUACGACACGGAUGGGUGUGAGUAUUUCUUUGAUAAGGACCCAGAGAUGUUUCGGUCAGUGUUGAACUACGUGAGAUCGGGCAAACUCCAUCUUCCAGCAACGCUCUGUGGUCCCAUGAUAAAGGAAGAAAUGGAGUUUUGGGGGUUGAGUGAGAUAGACAUCGAGCCUUGUUGCUGGGCUGUUUACAACAACUGGACGACAACGGUCAACGCUUUGGAACAACUGGAGAAAGACAGGAAACAGAACGUGCAACAUGUCCUUGACGACUCAGCGCCAUGGUAUAGCAAGGUCAAGGUCAACGCGUGGAUCUUUCUCACAAGUCACAAUUCUUCUAUUCCCGCCCAGAUCUAUGGAUGGCUGUCUCUCCUCUUCGUCAUGGUCGCCAUCUUUUCUUUCUGCGCUGCCACUCAUCCCAUCUUCAAAGUUCCGUCCAUGCGCAGAGGCGCCAAUGCCACUUCCAGAAACGCAACAGAAAAUAAGACGACUGACAUGGAAAGCUUCGAAGAGGACACGGAGCGACAUCCUGUUCUAUUCUACAUUGACAUCGUGUGUCUAACAUUCUUCACAGCAGAAUACGUCCUGCGUUUCAUCUGCGCUCCGAAGAAAUUCAAGUUUCUGUUGUCUCCUCUGUCCAUCAUCGAUCUUCUUGCCAUACUUCCAGACUAUAUUGAGUUCCUUGUAUAUGCGGCUAACCCGGAAGCUGUUGAAGAAACGACUUUUAUGCACUUCAUGCCUCUUCUACGGCUCAUGCGCGCAUUCCGAAUCUUCCGCUUGAUUCGUCACGUUCCUGGGUUAUGGAUCAUGUUUUACACGCUGAAGGCGAGCUACAAGGACCUGUCGCUGAUGCUGGUGUUCCUAUUGGUUGGGAUGCUGCUGUUUUCAUCUUUAAUUUUCUUUGCGGAUGAUAACAAGGUUUUCACAAGUAUCCCGCACGGAUUUUGGUGGGCGGUUGUUACCAUGACAACUGUGGGGUAUGGGGAUAUGUACCCAACGAGUAGAUUAGGGUAUCUGGUUGGGUCGAUCACGGCAGUUUGUGGUGUUCUGCUCAUUGGGUUUACGAUACCUGCCCUUGUUAACAAUUUCUCUCUGUAUUACCAACACGUUGAGUUUGCCAUGCAAAAAGAGAAACUAAUGAAAGAACAGAAGAAGAACGUGGUGAAGGAGAAGAGUAACCAUAAACCACCAUCAACUAAUCACAGCCAUUACAGAGACCCGGGUGUAUUUCAGGAACACUUGCCUUUGUAUAGUGAAAUCGGAAAUGGGUCAAAGUGCGACCGCAAGUAACAAAAACUCGCAUCAUAAUUAAUAUUUCGUUGAGUGAGUGAGUGAGUGGGUGCGUGAGUGAGUGAGUGAGUAAAAUCCUGGACGGGGACACAGGAAAUGGGCUUCAGAUAUUGUCCCAUAUGGGGUAUCGAACCCGGGACUUCGGAGUGACGUUGUAACCACAAGGCUACCCUACCGCCCCGUAUUGCGUUGCGAAUAUGUUAAUGAUAACCUCCCUAUCGUAUAUUCCUUAUAGGUGACAGCAAACUGAAACAGAACUCAACGUAUUGUAUUUUGCCCACCACACAAUGCCCACCACAGAAAUAUGAUCAUAGAUCUGGACACGUGUGUGUAUCUACCAUGAACAGGGCAGACACCACAUACUUGUUGUUUGUUUGUUUGCUGUUUCACUCCGGACAAAAUUCCAGCUACAAUGUAUAUGGCGGCGGUCUGUAAAUAAUCGCGUCUGGACCAGACAAUCCAGUGAUUGACCUCAUUAUCAUCGAACCACACAAUUGGAAUACGAUGACAGGCAUCAACCAAGGCAGCGAGCCUGACCACCCGAUCCCGUUAGUCACCUCUAACGACAAGCAUGUGUCGCUGAAGAUCUACAUGUAUUUGAACCCGGAUUUUCACAAAAUGUAAUGGUAUGUGCAUAUCGCAGUCUGAUGAUCAUAUAGUUUACACCGCUUGCCUUUUGCUGCCAAUUGAGUCUGUCUUGUCGUAUUGUCGAGACUGAUUGUCCUCCAGCGUUGACAUUUUAUAUUUACAUAACUUAAAGUGCUUGACAUUGUGCGUGACCAUGUGCUUGACACACAAAUGACAACAAUUGACAUUAUCACACACUAUUAUUUAUUGACGAGGAAAAUGUUAGGUGGCAUACGCAGUUGUCUGAUGACUGAUUACUGUAAAGGGACAGGGACACGUUCCACAAAGCGAUCUUAGUGUUAUGAUUAUCGUAAGCCAGUGUUAAAGUGUGUGAGUUACGAUCAUCUUAGCGCUAAGAUCGCUUUGUGGAACAGGUACCUGAUCAUUAAUUACAUGGAGUGGGGUGGAUGGGUCGGUGUGUUCCCAUUAUGACUACUUGUUUCAAUACACAUACUUCAUUGCUCAGUGACUACUAUUUACUACCUGUCACCCCUUGGUGAAGUUGAUGGACUAGUCAAAAUGGGGAAAAGGCAACACAGAUUCCUUGUUGUAUUUAUUUGAUUUAUUCACUCAUUUAUUCAUGAAUUCGUCCCUUUCACGUAACAAGUGUCAUUUAUUUUUACUUAGCAAGGGGCGGACAUGUGCGCCUCUGACAUGACACGGCGAAAAUGAUAGCCGCCACAACUAUAAUGGGAGGGAGGGGGGGGGGGGG